GUGGGGUCGCGGGAGCGCAGCGCGGCUCGGCGGCGGAGCGGAGCCGCCUGGUGCGGGGUGGUGGGGAGAGCUCGCCGGAGGCGGCCGGGGCCCUUCGCGAAGAGAAAGCUGGAGAUGGUGGACCAUCUUGUGAACACUGAGAUCAACAGCCAGCGCAUUGCUGCUGUGGAAAACUGCUUUGGGGCUUCCGGACAGCCCUUAGCUGUGCCAGGAAGGGUCCUUCUCGGAGAAGGGAUUUUAACCAAAGAAUGCCGCAAGAAACCAAAGCCUCGCAUAUUCUUCCUUUUCAACGACAUCCUUGUCUAUGGCAGCAUAGUCAUCAACAAAAGGAAGUACAAUUCCCAGCACAUCAUUCCCCUUGAAGAUGUCACUUUGGAGAUGCUGCCAGACACCUUGCAGAUGAAGAACCGCUGGAUGAUUAAAACCUCCAAAAAGUCCUUUGUUGUUUCUGCGGCAUCCCUCACAGAGAGAAAGGAGUGGAUCAGCCAUCUGGAGGAGUGCAUCAGGCACCUCCUGUCGAAGACGGGCCGGCAGCCCUCCACAGAGCAUGCAGCCCCCUGGAUCCCGGACAAGGCGACGGACAUCUGCAUGCGCUGCACGCAGACCAAGUUCUCCACGCUCACCCGAAGGCACCACUGCCGCAAGUGUGGCUUUGUCGUCUGCGCAGACUGCUCCAGGCAGAGGUUCCUGAUGCCCCGGCUGUCCCCCAAGCCCCUGAGGGUCUGCAACCUGUGCUACAGGCAGCUGCUGGCAGAAAAGGAGGUGGUGGUGGAGGCAGAUCGCAGGCAGCCAGAGCCAAUCUGCUCUGCAAUCCCAGGCUAUGAACCCUCUAGUGGCGAUGACAGCGACAAGUCAGACGACGACAAAGCUGACCAGUGGCCAGCAGACACAGAGUUUUAUACCUCAGAAGUAUCCUGGUCAUCUUUCCAUAGCUGACCUCCUUGAGAGUCAGUGGCGUUUAGACAUUGGGAAGCCAACUUCUGGCUUCCAGUGCAUGUCCUUCUUGAUGUUUUCUCUGGAGGCCAUACCUAGGAAAGUGGAUCUUGGCCCCCGUGUGUGAUGCCUGCCUGGGGAGCAGAGAUGGGAUUACCCCUGUGAGAACGUGCCUCAUACAAUGCAAGCACAGAGAACAACAGCUCAGUGAAGAGCAUGGACUGGGGCAGAGACCUUCAGAUCAGCCUUAGCCAAAUGAACUCACCCUUCAGUCUUCCUGUCUGCAAACACAGAACAAUACUAACUUCUCAAAUGCUUUGAGAUUGACUCUUGGGUGAAAAAGGAGCAAGAAAUGCUGGAGUUAAACAUGCUUGCCUGCUAGUGGUGCAUUACUCUGUCAUGGUGAGGGGCACUCUGGAUGCCGUUUUCCAUGAGCAUUGCAUCUACAUCAGAGAUUCUCAUUGCAAGUGUGCCAGCCUGUGGGGAUGGCCACUCAUCCCCGCACAGUAAGGUCAUGAUGGGCUUCCAUUUCUACACCCAGGUCUCUUAACUUUGGAAACACUAAGGAAAUGGUGCUCCAGUUGCAGGGAGCUCAUACGAGGCUUGGCAUGAGUAGCCUUAGCAAAGUGCUGGAGCAUCUAGCUCUCGAAUGGAAAGAGGCCAUUUUGGUGGUACUGGGCUGGGAGGGAGGAACGAGAGGGGAAAGGGAGAGGUAAAAAUAUUUACGAGUGAGAUAAGGAGGGGGAGACUUACUACAGUUGACUCAACUAGCUGCAGAGCCCCAGAUCUCAAAAACAGGCAGUUCUACCAGAUUACCAGCAACUUGAUGAACUCAAGCCUAUCAGGUAAAAGAAUAGCCCAGGGAAGACUUGUUAGAAGUCUUGAAAAAUCCAGGAAAAUACCCCAAAUUAAGAUCCUAUGAAGUACAGCACUUCAAUUUCCACUUCUUUCCCAAGCAGGAGCCCAACACUUUGAGUGCUCACUUGUGGGCUCCCCUGAUGUCUAUCAGUCUCAAGAGUCCAAAGUUAAGGUCCUUAAUGUACUUCCAGGGUUGGAGCCCAAGACUUUACAGUUAACUUGAGAUCAACUUUAAAGUUCAAAUUAAGUUAGAAAUAAACCAUAUUUAUUCAAAUAUUCUAUCAUAAUAUAGCGUGGGAGUAAAUAUACUAAAAUCAGACAACAGCAAUUGUUUUGCAGCAGACAUUUCUACAAACUUUUAGUAUAUUUAUGUUGUGUAUUUUACGCUUUUGAAAAGGAACAUGGCUAGGAGUACACUGCCAAUGUUAUAAACAGUUUCCUUACCCUGGCCAGUUCCAAACAGUGCAUUGCCUACCAGAUGGCCAGACUUAGGGUUUUUUAAAUUUCAGUUGAAAGUAAUAAUUCUUACCGUCUUUUGUAAACUGCCACUGUUCCAAUGAAUUUGUAUGACUUGACUGUGUGUGAAUAAAGACACGGCCAAGAGGAAGAAGCCAGGAAAAUA